GACACUCUCACGGGCCAUUGCGCAAAAGUGAUGGCGGCAAAGUUUCUCGGGGAGCCGUUGAAGGUGGUCACCGGCGGCUACGAUCGCACAUUGAAGAUCUGGGACCUUCGUAGCCGAGCUUGUGUCGAGACAAAAUUUACUGGCUCAAGUUGCAAUGACCUCGUCACUUCCGAUGGCUCGGGUUCGACAAUAAUAAGCGGCCAUUUUGAUAAAACAAUCAGGUUCUGGGAUACCAGAACGGAAUCUGGAUCGAGCGACAUCCUUCUUCAAGGAAAAAUUACAUCACUUGACUUGUCUCGAGAUGCCUACUAUCUCCUAAGCUGCGUAAGAGACGAUACUUUAAAGCUCCUCGACCUACGGAUGAAACUUAUCGUUAUGUCCUUUAGUGCGGAUGGCUUUAAAGUGGGAUGCGAUUGGGCAAGAGCGACUUUCAGUCCAGAUGGGCAGUACGUAGCCGUUGGUUCUUCCGAUGGUUCGGUCUACAUAUGGUCAGUGACAACGAAUAAACUCGAGACUGUACUAAAGGAUCAUACGGAAGCGGUGACGGCUGUCUCCUGGUACCCCCACGGCACGUACCUUGCCUCCGUCGACAAGGCCAAAUGGGCGACCAUCUGGGGCACCCACAUAUGA